AUGGCAAGGAAAAAUGGCUCGAAAACUCAAGGUAAAACGCAGGAUAAUGGCAAUGGAAAAGCAAGAGGGCCUUCCUCUGAUUCUCAAGAGUUGAAAAUGCGAUCAAUGGAUGAAGUUUUGGGAGUGGAGGCGAUUGAUUUUGAGCUUGAAAAUGAGGUGUUUACCCCAAAAUCUGGUUUGCAGCAUUUGCAAGCUCGAUCGGAAUUGCGACACUCAUUCAAUGAGUUCUUGGAGGUAAUUCAUGGUACUGCGACGAGAUUGAGCUCAGGUAACUCUCGUUCUAAUCCUCGUCCUAAUCUGGACAUUGGUGCAAUUUCAGUUCCUAUAUUACAGCAAUUUAAUGAGGCUGCUGAUGUUAUUGAUGAUACGAUUACUGGAACUGUUAAUGGUGUUGAUGAUACGAUUACUGAACCUGAUAAUGAUGUGAAUCCCCAUAAUGCUAGUGUUUUGACCCUUGUGCAAAUAGAAAUAGAGGACAUUCAGGAGGAGGUUGAUUUCUGGAACUCUUCUGUGGUAUGUUAUGUUGUGGGUGCAAAUCCACCACUGAAUGUAAUGGAGGGGUAUGUUAGGAGAGUUUGGAGGAAUCAGAAGGUGGAUAAGGUGAGUAUGGUUAAAAAAGGGGUAUUCAUGGUGAGAUUUCAGUCUAUGGAAUCAAGAGAUAAAGUGCUGACAGGACACUUUUUCUUUGAUAAUAAACCUCUGAUGCUUCGACCUUGGACAGUGGAUAUGAACAUGGAAAAGGAGGAGAUAAGGGUGGUGCCAAUUUGGGUGCAGCUGAAAUUGAACUUCAAGUAUUGGGGUGAGAAGUCUUUGUUCAAAAUAGUGCAACAAAUUGGUACUCCUAUCAAGAGGGAUCAAGCUACUGCUAAUAGAGAUAAGAUCCAGUUUGCAAGGGUGUUAGUGGAAGUCCCUAUGGAUACACUUCCUGAUCAUGUGACUUUUUUGGAUGAACAUGGUGAUAUUGUUAAGGUGUCAGUUCAUUAUGAAUGGAGACCUACCAUAUGCACUAGUUGUCAGAUGGUUGGGCAUGUAGCAGCUGACUGUAGAAAAGGUGGAGUUAGGAGGAGAUGGGUUCAGAAAACCACUCAACUAGUGGUUCAACCUGUGCCUAAAUCAACUGUUACUGAACCAGAAGUGGAUGAGGAGGGAUUUCAGAGGGCUCUUAAGCCUAUUAGAGUGAGGCCAUCUCCUAUUGUUCCUACUCAAACUGUUAAUUGUUAUGAAGUAUUGACAGAACAGGAUAAAGCAGGAGAGCCUCUAGUUGGGGGGCUCAACUCUCCCCAUAAACAAGAUGAUGUCAGGAGAUUUAUUCAGAAGUAUGGGGUUGGUUUAGUUGGCCUUCUAGAACACAAAGUAAAGGGUGCUAACUUAGGCACUCUUUACCAAAGGGUUUUCUCUAAUUGGUGCUUUACCACCAAUGCUAGCUUCCAUCCAAGAGGGAGGAUUGUAGUGGCUUGGAAACCAGGUAGCUUUACUCUCAGUAUUGUGGCUGCAUCUAGUCAAUUUUUGCAUUGUCUUGUUGCUCCAAUAAGUGGCAAGCCUAGCUUCCACUGUACUUUCAUUUAUGCUUUCAAUACAAGUGUUCAGAGGAAGGAAUUGUGGAGGGAUUUGAAAGCCAUCAAAGUUCUUGGCCCCUGGAUUUUGUGUGGUGAUCUAAAUUGUGUCAUGUCUGCUGAUGAGAGAGUUGGUAGUAUUGUUAGGCAAGCUGAAGUGGAAGAAAUUGUUGACUGCAUGCAAGAGUGUGGAAUGAAUGAUAUCAAGUGUGUAGGCAAUCUUUUCACCUGGAAUAAUAAACAACAGGGUACAGCUAGAGUGUUUUCUAAGCUUGAUAGAGUUAUGGGGAAUGUUGCAUGGCAGAAUGUAUAUUGUUCUGCUGAAGUGUGUUUCAUGAGUGAGGGUCAGUUUGAUCAUUGUCCUGGUAUUCUUACUGUUUUACCUGGUGUAGUGGUAGGUAAGAAGCCUUUCAAGUAUUUCACCAUGUGGAAGAAUUCUCUUGUGUUCCAGGAUUCAAUUUCUGCUGCUUGGAAUACAACUGUUAUUGGUAGUAAAAUGUAUGAUGUGACUAGGAGACUGAAAAGAGUUAAAUCUGUUUUGAAAGAGCUGAAUAGGGUGGGUUUUUCUGAUAUUCAAGCUGCUGAACUGAGUGCUUAUCAAACAAUGUUGUCUGCACAGGAAGCUAUGCACCAUAAUCCUAAUGAUCAAGAGCUAGCUGAUCAGGAACUUCUUGCCACUAAUGAGUACAGAAUUAAGCAUAAAGCUUACUUGGAAUUCUUGAAGCAGAAAGCUAAGGCUGAUUAG